AUGGCGGCCCUUCCAUUAAGUGUAGAGGCGGCCCCAGCUGAACAGCUGAGGGGGCCCCACAGCGGUGUAUCCGGGGGCCCCCAGGGGCCUCCCGAGCCUGGGGUCACUUGGGGGCCCCCGGCGACAGCGAGGCUUCGGGGGCCCCCCGGAGUUGCAGGGGCCCCCCGGUCUUCGGGGCCCCCGGGGUCCCUGAGGCCCCCGAGGCCCCUCUUGGUGGGCCCUGGAGUCUUGAUCUCUAUUGCUGCAGUUCUGUACAUUUUGUCUCUUUGUGCUAUGCGGGGCCCCGGGGGCCCCCGGGGGGACCCCAGGCACUUGGGGCCCCUCCAGUACCCUCACGAGCGGCGGCUGGCGGGGGCUGGGGCCGGCGAGGGCGACGGGGGGGCCCCCUGGAGGAACUGGGGGGCCCCCAUGGGAAGUACCAUUUGUGGGGGCCCCGACGCUCCAGAGACAAGUUUUGGGGCUUUUCCACAAGCAGAAAUAGACUUAACAAGUGAUCAUACGGGGGCCCCCCUGGGGCCCCCCUCGGGGCCCCUCACAGGGGCCCCCGGAGAGGCCCCCUUGGAUGUCCCCUUGGGGGCCCCCUUGGAUGCCCCCUUUGGGGCUCCCCUGGAGGCCCCCUUAGGGAACCCCUUGGGGGCCCCCGGGGAGACCCCCUUGGGGGCCCCCGUGGGCGUCCCCAUGGGUACCCCGUUGAGGUCCUCCUCAAGGGCCCCCUCGGGGGCCCCCCUGGCGCCCCACCUGGGGUCUCCCGUGGGGGUCCCCGUGGGGCCCCACAUGGGGUCCCCCGUGCGGCCCCACCUAGGGUCCCCCGCGAGGGCCCCUAUGGGGCCCCACCUGGGGUCCCCCCCCAUGGGGGCCCCCUUGACGACCCCCGUGGGGGCCCCCGUGGGG